GCCAUGUGUGUGCACCCCAGCCCUGGGUGCUCCUCCCUCAAUUGCUAUCCCCCCCCACCUCCUCCUCUUCCUCCUUGUCCCAACCUGGGGACUGCACACCAGGCGAGGGAUCCUGCAGUCCCUCCUCAGGGGUGCAGUGGGGGAAGCUGAAGGGGUUUAGGAGGGGGGCCCAGCCCCCUACCUCUCCCACUUUGGAGACAUGGUAUCCCACUGUCAAAGCCCAGCUAGGGGCUGGAUUCUCAGCAGUCACUCCUCCAGGGCUGGUGGCCCAGGGCAUCCUUGGGGUGUUGCUGUCCUACUCUGAAUCCCCAUAUUCCCAGCUUCAGCCCUGUGGAGGGAAGAGCAGGUGGGAAAACUGGGCAAUGGAGACCCAAAGCAUGUGACAGAGUUCCUGCAACGGAGUGGGAGCACCUCCCUCCCCCCCCACCUUGUGAAGGACCAAGUUCAGCACCCACACAUAAUGGCUUGGCAUGAUCCCAGAACCCUCUGGAGGGCUGUUACCCCCCACCCCAGAAUCUAGUGCCAAGUGCUGGUGUGCUGGUGCUGGGAGCUGUGAUACAUACCCCUUGCCCACUGAGCUGGGCCUGGAGCUCUCCCUUUGGAAAAUGGUGUGGGUGCAGACCAGGGGUGCCAACCCCUCCCCAGGCCCCGGAGAACAAGGCUGCAGACAAGGGCUGGUCUCAGCCUCCUCCCACCCAUGGCCUUCUCACCUCUGGGGAACAGGCUGGCCAGAACAUUCCAUCCAACACCAACGUGGGGCGGGCUAGGCUGGGCCUGGCUACGGGCAUCUCAGGGGCCAGGACAGCCAUGCUCUCACUGGCCUACCUGAUUGCUCGCUGCACCAGUUCGGUGCUGGCCAUUUCUGGGCAGCACCAGCAGGAGUUCGAGAAUGCAGAGGGUGAAGAGUAUGCAGCUGAGCUGUCUAUGCAGGGCUCCCCCACAGCAGUGCCCAACGGUCCUGACGUGUACAUCCUGCCACUCACUGAGGUCUCCCUGCCCAUGGCCAAGCAGCCAGGGCGCUCAGUGCAGCUGCUCAAGUCUGCAGACCUGGGCCGACACAGCCUGCUGUACCUGGAGGAGAUCGGCCAUGGCUGGUUUGGGAAGGUGUUUCUGGGGGAGGUGAACUCGGGGCUGAGCAGCAUGCAGGUACUGGUGAAGGAGCUGCAGGCCAGUGCCAGUGUGCAGGAGCAGAUGCACUUCCUGGAGGAGGCCCAAGCCUACAGGGCCCUGAAGCACGACAACCUGCUCCAGUGUCUGGCCCAGUGCGCAGAGGUGACGCCCUACCUUCUGGUCAUGGAGUUCUGCCCCAUGGGGGAUCUCAAGGGUUACCUGCGGAGCUGCCGAGUGGCUGAGUCCAUGGCACCUGACCCCCUGACCCUGCAGCGCAUGGCCUGUGAGGUGUCCUGCGGUGUCCUACACCUGCACCGCCAUAACUAUGUGCACAGUGACCUGGCCCUGAGGAACUGCCUGCUCACAGCUGACCUGACUGUCAAGGUCGGGGACUACGGCCUGUCCCACAGCAAAUACAGAGAGGACUACUUUGUGACAGCCGACCAGCUGUGGGUGCCUCUGCGCUGGAUGGCACCUGAGCUGGUGGACGAGGUGCAUAGCAACCUGCUGGUGGCUGGGCAGACCAAGGCCAGCAAUGUGUGGUCUCUGGGUGUGACCCUGUGGGAGCUGUUUGAGCUGGGCACACAGCCCUACCCGCAGCACUCAGACCGGCAGGUGCUGGCCUACACCGUCCGGGAGCAGCAGCUCAAGCUGCCCAGACCCCAGCUGUCACCCACCCUGUCCGACCGAUGGUACGAAGUGAUGCAGUUCUGCUGGCUACAGCCGGAGCAGCGGCCCACAGCCGAGGAGGUGCACCUGCUGCUCACUUACCUGUGCACACAGGGUACAUCCGAGGUGGAGGAGGACUUUGAGCGGCGCUGGCGCUCCAUGCGGCCGGGCGGGGGCGGCCUGGAGUCGGCGGGGCUGGCGCUGGGGGUGGCGGGCGAGCUGGCCGCCGCAUCAUCCUUCCCGCUGCUGGAGCAGUUCGCGGGGGACGGCUUCCACGGCGACGGUGACGACGUGCUGACGGUGACAGAGACAAGCCGCGGCCUCAACUUCGAGUACAACUGGGAGACAGGCCGCGGGGCUGAGGCUUUUCCGCCGCUGGGGGCCGUGCACCUGCAGGAGCCGGGGGCCCUCGACGGCGCACCUCCUGGUGUGGUGCCGGUGCUCAGCGCGCACAGCCCCUCGGUGGGCAGCGAGUACUUCAUCCGCCUGGAGGAGCCCGCGUCCACCGCCGGCCACCACCAAGACUGCGCUGGCUGCGCCCCCAGGCCCCGCCGAGGCUCCCAGUCUCCCUCUGACGCCGGGGACCCCGAUGACGACUCAGACGGCAGUGCAAGUGCCUCGCUAGCCAUGGAGCCGCUGCUGGGCCGACCGCCGCCCUCGGACGACCCCUGGGGUGGCCGCUACCUGAGAGGGAGCCUUGGCCAGCCCCCGCCUUGGCCCUCGCGCUCACCCUCCCCUGAGGCCCAGAUGCUGCAGUCCCCCAGAGCUGAGGACCUUGACUGGGGCGCUGUGGCUUUCUGCCCGCCCUUUUUGGAGGACCUGCCCAGCACACCCCCCACAGAGUCCCCAGGUGGAAAGGAGCAGCGGGCAACCAGGGGCAGCAGGGCUGCCUCACACAGACACUGGACCUCCAAUGUGUCUGCCAACAACAACAGUGGCCAGCGCUCCCAGGAGUGCUCAGAGCCCAGCUUCUCCCGCGGCUGUGUGGACUGCUGUCCUGACUCAGAGCAGCCCCCCUGGGCCAGCCCAGAGUUGCACCACCCCCUGGCCAUGGAGGACUCCAGAGAAUCCCUCCUCAGGCUGCAGGAGGUUGUCACCUGCCUGGUCACACCGCCCUGGACAGAGGAUGGGGGCCAUGGAGACCCUCCAGAGCUCAGGCUUACUGAGGAAGCUGAGGGUCCCAGUGGGCCCCCACUACCCCUCCCAUCCAUCCCAUCCCCAUCCCAGGAGGGAGCCCCACUCCCCGCUGAGGAGGCUGGUGCCCCCACCACCCUGCCUGCAUCUCCCACACCGGCCACUGAGCCAGCUGGACCCCAGGACAGUGGCAGCAACUUGCUGGAGCUGGAGGCAUCAGGCAGUGAGGACGAAGACGCCACUGAGGCCACACCUGGUAUUUUUACUGACCUGUCCAGUGAUGGCCCACAGCCAGAGAGGCCCAGUAUGGUGCCAGCCCUGCGCUCCCUGCAGAAGCAAGCAGGCACCCCCGACUCCCUGGACUCACUGGACAUCCCAUCCUCUGUCAGCAGUGGUGCCUAUGAGUCUUGCAGCCCCUCAGCCAUGGGAACUCCUGGUGUGCAGCCCCGUGCCUUGGACAGUGGCUAUGACACAGAGAAUUACGAGUCCCCCGAGUUUGUGCUCAAGGAAGCACACGAGUCCGGUGAGCUGGGGGCCUUUGGGGAGCAGAUCUCUGAGGGCCAGAGCCCAGGGCCCGAGACCCAGCUCUCCACACUUCCAGGCGGCCUGAAUGAGAAGAACCCCUACAGAGACUCAGCCUAUUUCUCUGACCUGGACACAGAGCCAGAGCUGCCCUGUGCCCCUGAGACCCCAGACCCUGAGCUGGAAUUGGGGAGCCCUCAGGGCCCAGCCACAGAGUCUGAAAGGAUCUCCCUGGAAGCUGGGGUGCAUGAGGAGGGCCUGCCCCUGCCGCUGCCCAGAGAAGCUUCCCCAGAACCUGGCCCUGACCCCACACUGCCACCUCCCAGGCCCCCCAGCCCAGCCCAGGAGCUGCCAGUGGUGCCCAGCCUUGGGGGCUCCAUUUUCCUGCUGAGCCCAGUCACCAGUGCAGAGAACCAGGAGGCCCCAGGCCUACUGUCACCAGUGGCGCUGCAGAACCGGAUAGGUGCCCCCUCCAGAGCCCCGCUCUGCCUGGCCCUGCCUGCAGCCCCUGAGGGCAGGCCUAAGGAGGAGGACAACGACGACAGCGACGAGUCGGAUGAAGAGCUUUCCUGCUACAACAUGCAGGAGCCUAGCGAGGACAGCGAGGAGGAGGCGCCCGUGCCGGUGGUGGUGGCUGAGCGCCAGAGCGCACACAACCUGCGCAGCCUGCUCAAGAUGCCCAGCCUGCUGACCCAGGCCUUCUGUGAGGACCUGGAGCGCAAGAAGAAAGCCGUGUCUUUCUUCGACGAUGUCACCGUCUACCUCUUUGACCAGGAGAGCCCAACCCGGGAGGCUGGGGAGCCUCUCCUGGCAGCCAAGGAGCCGGCACCAACCUUCUUGGCCGGAUCCUCUGGAGCUCUGGGCCGACCACGCCAGGCAGACAACUCCCGAGAAGGCUGCACCGCAGAGGGAGGAGGGUUCCCCUGGGCGGAGGACUUCCCGCUGCUGUCCGCUGAGAAGCCGCCCCUGGCCACCCCUGCACCCCCCACGCCCCCCGCUCCAGGCCUCUUCUCGCGCUUCACUGUGUCGCCCGCGCCCGCGUCCCGCUUCUCUAUCACCCACGUCUCAGACCCGGACGCCUGCGCCCAGCGAGGGGCCUGUCUACAUGGGACUACAGCCAGUGUCCCCCAGUCGCCCGCGGACACCUCCACUUCCCAUAGGAAGGAGGGCGUGGUGCAUCUGCUGGCCCUGGGGCCUGCAGCGGGUGCUGAGGGCAGCUGCAAAGAGGCUUGAGGCACAGGCAAACCCCACCCAGAGGCUGACGUCACUGGAGUCCCAGCUCCAGCAGCAUGGACAAUAGUGACCAAGAAUGAGUGGCUGCUCCCAGUGCCCGGGUUUCCUGCGCCCCCCCACCCUCCGUUGGUCAGCAAGGACACAGGCUGCCCUCUGGCUCUGGACAGAGUGAGCCCGGGGUGUCUGAGGCUGGUCUGCCCUGGAUACUGGGGUUCUCUACACCCCUGGGGGCCCCAGGCAGCUAUGUCCACCCUUUACUGCCCUCCAGUCUGAGGCCCAGUGAUGGACUCUGAGGCUUGGGGGGGGGUCUUGCUUUUGGCAAGAGGCCCCCUGGGAUAGACUCUGACACCCUCUGCCUGACCCUCCUGGUUCUGGCUUUGCUCAAUGUAGGAGGGGGCCCCAGGCCCCUCACCUUGUCUGUGGCUCCAAGCCUCCCCUCCCCCCACCAGCUGACUCAACUGGACUUGAGUGUCCCCCCACUCUGACUGCCAAGGGAAGGGGGCCCACACCCCACGACUAGUCAGGGGCUCCUGAUGCAGGGAUGGGGUGGGGGCAGGGGGGACAGGGUCAUGCAGGGCAUAUUUUUGUAAUCACUGUUGUAUGAGCGAAUGAGAAUAGGGCGAUUUUAAGUUAUUGUUGCCAAAGAGAUGUAAAGUUUACUGUUGCUUCUGGGGUGUGUCUAUGGGGGGGAUUGUUUUUGUUUUGUUUCCUGUUUAUAGUUUGAGGCAUAAGACGCUGAUGCAAUGA